GCGACUCUCAGCAUCAGCCAGGAGCCGGUGGCUCUCUGUUUCGGCGCUGUGGAGUCGCCUACUCCGCCUCCUCCCCGCGAAUAAGAAUAAAAGAUUCUGGAGGAGUUGGAGAGAGUGUAUUCAGUCCCCAAACCAGGAGAUCAACAAAGAAAUGCACAAUUUUGAGGAAGAGUUAACUUGUCCCAUAUGUUACAGUAUUUUUGAAGAUCCUCGUGUACUGCCAUGCUCUCAUACAUUUUGUAGAAAUUGUUUGGAAAACAUUCUUCAGGCAUCUGGUAACUUUUACAUAUGGAGACCUUUACGAAUUCCACUCAAGUGCCCUAAUUGCAGAAGUAUUAUUGAAAUUGCUCCAACUGGUAUUGAAUCUUUACCUGUUAAUUUUGCAUUAAGGGCUAUUAUUGAAAAAUACCAGCAAGAAGACCAUCCAGAUAUUGUCACCUGCCCUGAACAUUACAGGCAACCAUUAAAUGUUUACUGUCUACUAGACAAAAAAUUAGUUUGUGGUCAUUGCCUUACCAUAGGUCAACAUCAUGGUCAUCCUAUAGAUGACCUUCAAAGUGCCUAUUUCAAAGAAAAGGACACUCCUCAAAAACUGCUUGAACAGUUGACUGACACACACUGGACAGAUCUUACCCAUCUUAUUGAAAAGCUGGAAGAACAAAAAUCUCAUUCUGAGAAGAUGGUCCAAGGUGAUAAGGAAGUCGUUCUCCAGUAUUUUAAGGAGCUUAAUGAUACAUUAGAACAGAAAAAAAAAAGUUUCCUAACAGCUCUCUGUGAUGUUGGCAAUCUAAUUAAUCAAGAAUAUACUCCACAAAUUGAAAGAAUGAAGGAAAUAAGAGAGCAGCAGCUUGAAUUAAUGACACUGACAACAUCUUUACAAGAAGAGUCUGCACUUAAAUUUCUUGAAAAAGUUGAUGAUGUACGCCAGCGUGUAGAGAUCUUGAAACAAAGACCACUUCCUGAGGUUCAACCUGUCGAGAUUUAUCCUCGAGUAAGCCAAAUAUUGAAAGAAGAAUGGAGCAGAACAGAAAUUGGACAAAUUAAGAACGUUCUCAUUCCCAAAAUGAAAAUUUCUCCAAAAAGGAUGCCAUGCUCCUGGUCUGAUAAGGAUGAAAAGGAAAUUGAAUUUUUUAAAAUUUUAAACAUUGUUGUAGUUACAUUAAUUUCAGUGAUACUGAUGUCAAUACUCUUUUUCAACCAACACAUAAUAACCUUUUUAAAUGAAAUCACUUUAAUAUGGUUUUCUGAAGCCUCUCUAUCUGUUUACCAAAGUUUAUCUAACAAUCUGCAUGAGGUAAAGAAUAUACUGUGUCACAUUUUCUAUUUUUUGACGGAAUUCAUGUGGAAAAUAGUUUCUCAUUGAAAACGUCAAUCUGAAUUGUUUAAAUGGGCUCAUUCUGUACACUGCUAAAUGAAAAAUAGGGUGGCAGCAUGAAUAAAUAGCAAACUAAGCUUUAUUAGUGCUGCAACUAAUAUAAACAAAGUUUAUAUUUGUUGCUUUUGGUUAGCAAUAUGUCAAAGUUAGAAAUAUCUGAAAUAUUCAAAUCUUUGGGAAAAUCUAGUAACUAAUUUGAAAAAUACACUGUCUCAUUUUUAUCGGCUUUAUGAAGGUUGACAUAAUGUUGCUGUGACAUUUAAACAUUCUUGUACCAAGUUAAUUGGCUUUACAGUUCUUUAUAUAUAUAGCAAAAUCCUGAAAGUACGUAUACCUUUAUUUUGAUAUGGCUUGAAGCUUUUGAAUGGGUGAAUAGGAUGAUAGGUUUUAAAAUCAAGCAACAAAGUCUUAAAGUGAUAAGGCAUUGCUUAAAGAUCUUUUGAUCAAAUAUACCUGUGUUUUAAAUAGUUUAAGAGCCCUAAAUGUUUAUCACCAUUCACUCCAAAUAAAGCUAUUGCUUUUGGAUAACUGUUCGGGAACAGUGGCUUUUUAAAAGAAAUUUUCGAGACUGGGUCUCACUUUGUUGCCCAGGCUGGAGUGCAGUUGUCUGGUCAUGACUCACUGCAGUUUCGACCACCCAGGCUCAAUUGAUCCUCCCGCCUCUGCCUCUGAUGUAGCUGAGACAAGGCACACACCCCCAUUCUUGGCUAAUUAAAAACAUUGUUUUUUGCAGAAAUGAGGUUUUGCCAUAUUGCCCAGGUUGGUCUCAAAGUUCUGGACUCGAGAUCUGCCCACCUUGGCCUCCCAAAGUGCUGGGAUUACAGACAUGAGCCACUGUACCUGGGGGCCAGCAUUUUUAAUACUUGUCAUAUUCUAUGUUAGUGUGAAUUUAAGAUUGUAUUUAACUUUUCUGCUCAUCAAAUCAGUUCUUGGAUUAAAAACUCAUUCUUACUAGAACAGAAUCAUGUUGGUAACUUGGUCUGCCACAGGUUUUGAUGGCAUCGUGGACUUUAUUCAUCUUUUUUAUUAUACUUUAGGUUCUAGGUGUAUACAUGUGUAUACAUGUGUACAACAUGCAGGUUUGUU